AUGGCGCUCGGGCACGGCUCUGACAAGGCGCAUUCAUGUGACCUGGGGGUCAUCACAGCUCCGGUGGACAAUGGGGUCAGCGUAAGAACACAACCUGUGGUUCCUCCUGCCAGAAGGACUAGAACCUGCAAGUGCCUCAUGGCCACCCUCGUCACCGUCAUCAUCCUCCUCCUCGCUGGGGGAGCCGCACUGGCGUGGUACUUCCUGGAGUACAAGGUGUGGGUGUUGGAGCCUCGCGUGCAGCAGCAGUUCACAGCCUACCUGUCCAUCCUCAACAGGAACUUCUCUGACGGCUUGGCCUCUCACGGCAGCCCGGCGUUCAGGACAGAAGCCGACGGAGUGCAGAACAUGGUGAAGAAGAUCAUGAGGGACUCGGCUCUUUCUCGAUACUUCAGCUCCACCACGGUCUUUGCUUUCGGGGAGGGCAGUGUUGUUGCCCACUUCUGGAUCCUGAUGUCCGUCCCCAGCAGCCACGCUGGCCGGGUGACGGUGGAGAGGGUCAGCGGGAGCCUGCAGGACGGCCUGCAGCCCCACGGGGCGGGCGAGGACACGGCCAGCUACGGUGGAUACGUCGUCCUGCUCCCCUCGCUCUCUGUCACCGAAACUGAUCCCAAAGUUAUAGAGCUCUUGACCGCCUCGUUCGACUGCUACCGCUACCAGAAGGUGGCGUCCAGCAGCCCCAUGGCUCUCCGGGGCCCGGACACGCGGCGCUCCUCCUGCCUGUGGCACCUCCAGGCCCCCGCCGGCUCCCAGCUGGAGCUCCACAUGGAGUGGCUGCUGCCGGAGUGCCGGGACCGGCUGGUGGUGUACGACGCCCUCACCCCCUCUGACAGCCACCUCAUCACCUCGGUGUACGGCUGCAGCAGACACGAGCGCGAGGUGCGUGUCCUGUCGUCAGGAGAGUGGAUGACGGUGGUUUGGAAACAGGGUCUGUACAACUACAAAGACCCCUUCUCUCUGUCUGCGCAGGCCUGGGACAGCCAGAACUGCAGCUCCACCAUAGAGCUGGAGGCGCUGCCGGGAGUCCAGGGGAAGCUGAGGACGCCCUUCUUCCCCAGCUACUACCCGCCCGACACCAACUGCACCUGGAGCUUCAGCCUGCCCGGUGAAGGGUUUGGCCUGGCUCUGGAGUUUGAAGGCUACGAGCUGAGCAGAGCCAGCUACAGCCAGGCCUGCACCCAGGGACAGUGGAUCAUCCAGAGCCGCAGGCUGUGCGGCACCAGGAGCCUGCAGCCGUACAGCGAGCGCCUCUUCCUCCUCGCCAUGACGACCACCGUUGUCAUGACGUCAGAGGUGUCACUCACAGGGCCGGGCCUGCAGCUGCAGUACAGCCUCUUCAACCUGUCAGAUCCUUGCCCGGGACAGUUCCUGUGCACUGUGAACGGUCUGUGUGUUUCUGCCUGUGAUGGGAUCAAGGACUGUCCCAACGGACUCGAUGAAAGGAACUGUGUAUGUGUGGCACAGUACCAGUGCCCAGAGGACAGUCAGUGUGUUGACUACUAUAAGGUGUGUGACCAACACCCAGACUGCCCUGAAGCUAUGGACGAGGAGAACUGCACUCACGGAGUGCAGUGUACAGACAUGACCUAUGUGUGUGCUGAUGGGACGUGUCUGAAGAAGCCGAACCCGGAGUGUGACUCUGUUGCCGACUGCCCCGACGACUCAGACGAGAAACACUGCGACUGUGGGUUGCGGCAGUUUUCCAGCCGGAUAGUGGGCGGGAGCAAUGCCUCAGAGGGGGCGUGGCCAUGGCAGGCCAGCCUGCAGGUCCGCGGCCGCCACAUCUGUGGGGGGGCGCUGGUCUCCAGCCAGUGGGUGGUGUCUGCUGCCCACUGUUUCUAUGACGACCGUCUGUUCUCGCCCUCGAUGUGGACGGUGUACCUCAGUAAACUCCUGCUCAGCCGCAGCAGCUCCACAGAGGAGGUGGUGCGAGUGCGGCGCAUCCACCUGCACCACUACUACGACGAGGAGUCCCACGACUACGACCUGGCCCUGCUCAGGCUGGACCGGCCCGCCACGCCCCCGCUGACCAGCCACGCCCGGCCCGUCUGCCUGCCCCCGCCCACCCACCAGCUGGAGCCGGGCCUGCUCUGCUGGGUCACCGGCUGGGGGGCACUGCGCGAAGGAGGCACAGCCAGUAACGUCCUCCAGCAGGUGGACGUGCGCCUGGUCAGCGAGGAGGCGUGCGUUCGUACGUACGGUCACAUGGUCACUCCCAGAAUGAUUUGCGCCGGGUAUCGCAGUGGAAAGAAGGACGCCUGCCAAGGUGACUCUGGGGGCCCGCUGGUUUGCCAGGAGCCGUCGGGCCGCUGGUUCCUGGCCGGGGUUGUGAGCUGGGGCAAAGGCUGCGGGCGUCCCUACUACUACGGCGUCUACACCCGCAUCAACAAGUUCACCGGCUGGAUCAAGCAGGUCACCAGCGGCCCCUGA